AUGAAUUCAAUUGCGGACAGUUUUUACAGUAACAAAGCAGAAGAGUCAAUAGAUAAUGAGUUUAUUUCCAAAAAACUCUCUUUGACUCCUUCGCUCGCCAUGCCUCCAAUAUCCAAGCCAACAGCGUUCUUGAGAGCACAUACCGACGAUAAUACCAACCCAGAUUGUAAAAUCAAAAUUGCCCAUGGUACCACCACUUUGGCUUUUAGAUUCAAGGAGGGUAUUGUUGUUGCCGUCGAUUCCAGAGCCACUGCUGGUAACUGGGUCGCCUCCCAGACAGUGAAGAAGGUAAUUGAGAUCAACCCAUUUUUGUUAGGUACUUUGGCUGGUGGUGCUGCCGACUGUCAAUACUGGGAAACAUGGUUGGGUACUCAAUGUAGACUCCAUGAAUUGAGAAAUAAGGAGAGAAUUUCUGUGGCUGCUGCAUCCAAGAUUUUGGCCAAUUUGGUAUACAAUUAUAAAGGUAUGGGUCUUUCUAUGGGUACAAUGGUUUGUGGUUAUACAAAGAAGGAGGGUCCAACCAUCUAUUACGUGGAUUCUGAUGGUACUAGAUUGAAGGGUGAUAUCUUUUGUGUCGGCUCUGGUCAAACAUUUGCCUAUGGUGUGUUGGACUCUAACUGGCAUUGGGACUUGACACUUGAAGAAGCCUUGGAAUUGGGUAAGAGAAGUAUUUUGGCCGCCACCCAUAGAGAUGCGUACUCUGGUGGUUCGAUCAACUUGUACCAUGUCACUGAACAAGGGUGGAAAUACUAUGGUAAUCAUGAUGUUGGUACAUUGUUUUGGGAAACCAAAGCUAAAGAAGGCUCUUUCAAUAAUAUUGUUUCCUGA